CGACUUUGCGUGUAUUUACUUCCGUGUGAUGUUUACCUACCAGCAGAGAUUAUAAGGGUUCAUACUGCUUAAUGAACGUGUCGUCGCAGCUUAAACGUAGAACGAGACGGACGAGCGAGCACAACAGCACGAGUCGGACGAGCGAGUACCACCGAAAGAAUUGCAGCGACGUCCAGGGAGAUUCAAGGGCUUCGAAAGAGAAGCUCAGGAAACAACGCAGAUUCACAAUUUCAGGGCGUGAAGCUAGGCGAGAUCAGGAGUUUCACGGGCCGGAUCAGCAUUGGUUACUUCUCCCAAACAUUUGGUCGUUCGAGCCGGAUAUGAUCCAGCGACCUAUGGAUACACGGACACGUUGCUCCCAGGGCACAGGUGAGGCAACGUCUGUGGAGUAGUUGCUUCUGCACUGGACGAAUCCGUUAAGGAAAGCGCCCACUGGGAACGACAAGACAGUUUUCCUAACACCCUCCGGGAACGACGCG